CUUAUAAUUCCGACGCCGCAAUCUCAGGUAUCUUACAAGCAAAGCGGCAUGUUCUACACUACAGAACGACAAUUACCUAAGCAGUACAUCCACUUUCAAGUAAUCGAUAUUCUAGAUGAUAGCGAAGUUCCCGAUUAUGAUAUGGAUUCAGAUGACGAAGAAUUUCUUAAAAGUUUGCCCAAGGAUGAUCAACUUGAACCUGAAUCAUUUGAACGUGUUAUGGAGCAGCUAGAAAAAGCAACUGGAAAUCAGGCAUCACUCAUUAAAUUUGUCAGCGAGAGUGUUUUACAAGUAUUGUACGAUUAUUGGCUAAAGAAAAGAAAAAAAGUGGCUGGGGAGAUACUGUAUCGAGUGUUGACAGAGAAGAGAGAUGGAUCAUCCCCAAACAAUCCUUAUGUUGCUUUCCGACGUCGAACCGAAAAGAUGCAAACUCGCAAGAAUCGUAAAAAUGAUGAAUCUUCAUAUGAAAAAAUGUUCAAACUAAAGAGAGACCUAGAGAACGUGGCGCGUAUAUUGGAUUGCGUGGCUGAUAGGGAAAAGUAUAAACGUAAUAUUUUAGAUGUUAACCGAAGUGUUUUUGAAACAAGGUAA